CAAAGAUGCAUACCAGAAUGGGAUGGAACAAGUACGUAGACGUAACCCCUCACAUGUCUUGGGAGGAGGGGGAGUGUGAGCCCUGAAAGGGGUGCUGGGAUGUGAGUAGGCCAGCAUCCAGCACGAGCCAGAGCCAAAGAGGCAGCAUCAACAAAGACGAGCAACAACAGGAAUCCUAAUCUUCCCUUGCAUCUUUCCCAUUGCAGCCUGUUAUCUAUUCAGGUCAGACUGAGCCUGGUGUGGAGAAUUUGUGUGUACAGGCCACUUUCACUCAUGAGGCCUAAGACCUUCCCUGCCGCCCCGUAUGUGGGCAACACGCGCCAGCGCCUGCAGGAGAUCAAGGAGGGACUGAAACAACCUGCAAAGCUGGUGAGCCAGGCGCUUCAUGGAGGGAGCGCUCGAGGGGAGGGGGGCAGAGGUGGGGACUCUAAGGGCAAAGACCAAGCUGGAAGGCAACAACAGCUCCGGCAGCCUCAGAAGUUCAACAACUACCAAAAUGCCCUGCGAGAGAUCCGCAAGUCUCUAUUGCCUUUUGCCAAUGAAUCAGGCCCGGGAUCCAACUCGGGGCAUCCUGGUGAAGUCAAUAGACAGAUGCUACAGGAUCUCGUCAAUGCUGGUUGUGAUCAGGAAAUGGCAGUCCGUGCCCUAAAACAGACUGGCAGCCGUAACAUUGAGGCAGCAUUGGAAUAUAUUAGCAAAAUGGGUUACCUGGACCCUCACAAUGAACAGAUUGUACGUGUCAUCAAACAGACUUCCCCAGGAAAAACUGGCAUGCCAAAUUUAAUGGACCACAGAGCGGCAAUGGAGGGCACUGGGGAUGGUGCAAUGCCACCUUAUCACCAAAUGGGAGCACCACUGUAUGAGGGAGCUGGUUAUGGGGCUGAGGGUGAGAUGGCUCGUGCAUACAUGGGUGGACCACCUGUCAUGAACUACAUGCCACCGCCUGCCAACACUUCACAGGGUCCUACCAUGGGAAACCCAAUGGGUCGUCCCGCAAGUAUGGGUGCCUACUCCACAAGCAUGGCUCCCCAAAAUAACCCUGGGAACCCUAUGUACACCCCUGGUCCAGCCCAGCAGAAAGGCUACCCUGGUGGGAUAGACCAGGCCAUGAUGGGCUACAGUGUGCCUGGACCACCAAUGCAAAUCCAGCCUCAGCCCUCAGGAGGACCUGGCACUCAUUAUGACUACAGGCCUCAUAUGAUAGAAGCCUCCAGCUACGGGGUAAAACGAAGUGCUUCUUUCCAGAAUAAGAUGAACCCGCUAACAUCCGAAAACUAUGUUAAUAUGCCAGGCAAAGGAGCAAUGGGCCAAAAUGCUGGUGGCUACCCUCCUAACUUAUAUCUUCCACCACAUUCACACCCACGCCAAGCCAGUCCCACCUCACACCAGGUUCACAUGAUGCAGCGCUCCCCUGGAGCUAUGGGUGGUGAGUUUUCUGAUGUUCCUCAAGGCCUCCUCACUCCUUCCAGGGCCAGUCUAAACCUCGACCUCUAUGAGCAUCACUGGCCAGGAGCCCAAGGUCCUGAGGGGACUCCUCCAGCCAGGCAGCCACAGGGGCCCUUUAGAGGGGAGGUACGUGUCCCCAGUAGGACCAAUUCUUUCAACAAUCACCAGAAGGUGACUGUGAGGCAGGCAUUGCCUCCUGCAGCUAGUGUUGCUGGCAAGCAGGAUGCAUCUUUGGGUCCGCCAAACACAAUAACUGCAGUGACCUCUCCACCAAUCCAACCACCUGUUAAGAGUAUACGGGUCAUGAGGCCUGAGCCGAAGACAGCAGUGGGACCAUGCCAUCCAGGGUGGCUGAGUGCACAAGCCCAGGAUGCACCAGAGUCUCAUGGAUACAUGCCAGAUGAGAAUUUUACUCUGGAGCCCAAUCAAGAACACCGCUGUCCACCUCCACCCUACCCCAAAACACUGCUCCUGCCUGGAUCUGGACCUGGAACUGAGCCUGUAUCCCUGGAGACUGGAGCCAUGGGUGGAUUUCAAGAUGUCAAUGCUACAAGUAGAACAGUCCAGAGUGCCUCAGUAGGAAAGCAAGAGGAACCAGUCUCCAAAGACAAAGUGAAGACAGGCAAAGGCGAGAAGGCAGUGAAGGAUAAGAAGCAGAUUCAAACCUCACCUGUGCCUGUGAGAAAGAAUGCCCGUGAUGAAGAGAAGCGGGAGUCUCGCAUUAAGAGUUAUUCUCCCUUCGCCUUUAAGUUCUACAUGGAGCAGCAUGUGGAGAAUGUGAUGAAGACCUAUCAGCAGAAACUCAAUCGCAGGAUGCAGCUGGAGCAAGAGAUGUCCAAGGCUGGCCUUUCAGAGGCAGAGCAGGAACAGAUGAGAAAGAUGCUUUACCAGAAGGAAUCCAAUUACAACCGACUACGACGUGCCAAGAUGGACAAAUCGAUGUUUGUCAAAAUCAAGACACUCGGCAUUGGGGCCUUUGGUGAGGUGUGUCUUACACGCAAAGUAGACACGGGGGCCCUGUAUGCCAUGAAGACUCUACGAAAGAAAGAUGUUCUGAACCGAAACCAAGUAGCCCAUGUGAAAGCAGAACGAGACAUCUUGGCAGAGGCUGACAAUGAGUGGGUAGUCAGGUUGUACUACUCAUUUCAGGACAGAGACAGCCUGUACUUCGUCAUGGAUUACAUUCCUGGAGGAGAUAUGAUGAGCUUGCUGAUCCGUAUGGGGGUUUUUCCAGAGCCCUUAGCCAGGUUCUACGUGGCAGAACUAACGCUGGCCAUCGAGAGUGUGCAUAAGAUGGGCUUCAUCCACAGAGAUAUCAAGCCGGACAACAUCCUAAUUGACCUGGACGGACACAUCAAGCUGACUGAUUUUGGUCUGUGUACUGGGUUCCGUUGGACUCACAACUCAAAGUAUUACCAAAAAGGGAACCAUAUCCGGCAAGAUAGUAUGGAGCCGAGUGACUUUUGGGAUGAUGUGUCUAACUGCCGUUGUGGUGAUCGGCUGAUGACUUUGGAACAGCGGGCAACUCGACAACACCAGCGUUGCCUGGCACACUCUCUGGUGGGCACUCCAAACUACAUUGCCCCUGAGGUGCUUUUGCGCAAAGGAUACACCCAGCUGUGUGACUGGUGGAGUGUUGGCGUAAUCCUGUUUGAGAUGCUGGUUGGCCAGCCACCCUUCCUUGCUCCAACCCCAACGGAGACGCAGCUUAAGGUGAUAAACUGGGAGAACACUCUGCAGGUGCCUCCACAAGUAAAACUGAGCCCAGAGGCAGUUGACAUCAUUGGUCGACUCUGCUGCUCAGCUGAAGAGCGUCUGGGAGGAAACGGGGCUGGAGAGAUAAAGGCUCACCCAUUCUUUGCCGAGGUGGAUUUCUCCAGCAAUCUUCGUACACAACCUGCUCCAUACAGACCGAAGAUUGCCCACCCCAUGGAUACAUCCAACUUUGACCCUGUGGAAGAGGAGGGGGGUCCAGGGGCCUGGCGUGACAGUGGAGACAGCACCCGCACUUGGGACACCCUCUGUUCUCCUCACGGCAAACACCCUGAGCAUGCCUUCUAUGAGUUCACCUUCCGAAGGUUUUUUGAUGAUAAUGGGUGUCCAUUCCGUUAUCCCAAGCCCCCCGAGGCAACGCAAGACCUGCCCAACAGUAGUGGGGCUGGUGGCCUGAAGCCUGAGCUGGAGGAGGAAGAGGUUCAUGAGGAGGAAGAGCAAGGGGAAGGGUGUGAGCCGGUUUAUGUGUGAGAAUGUUGGAUCGGGUGUUCAUGCUGCUCCACCUUUACGCAUAGAGGACCUCGCCAGUUAACACGCUGCAUCUCCUACACUUCCUUUUAACCCUAGUUUUUAUUCAGGGUGUUUGUACAGGUUGUACAGGUUAAAUGCAUGGAAGAACAUCAGAAAUGGAGUGCAGAAAGUUCCAUGUGAAAUGUGUUUAUUCCUCCAAAAGCAUUAUGCCAUAUCCUUUGCCUGUUAAAAAUGACUGAAGCUCUGACCUGGGACCAAGGAAAUACACGCAGCUUAGUUCAUGGGGACGUUGGUGUGACUGAUAAAGUUGGCUACUCUCCUAUGAGAGCACAAAAACAGAUGCGUGUAGCUGCCGCUCUGUGGUUUGUCAGUCAAAUCACUCUACUCUUAUGGUUAGUGUGGUCUGCGUCGACUGUGCCCCAUUCCUUGAUUCCACUGGGGGAAAAUAUCCCAGUCUUACGUCAUAUUUAAACACUUCCUUCACCUCUCUCAGCCUGGUGAUGCUAACACAGCCAUUCCAAACACCAGAGGUCAUGGUGAGGGAUCAGAAGAGAGUUGGGCUUGGGAUGGUGGCUCUAUGGUCAGUUUGCGAUUAGGAGAUAUGCCAAGAGCAGAGAGAAACAUCACAAUUCUCCUCCAUAGUGCAAGCCCACAAAAAUAUAAAUGCUUAUACAUGCAACAUGCUGUCAGUAACAAAUGUGGAGGUUUGCAUUUUUUUUUCUUUUCUUUUUUUAAAUAAAACUAAACUGACUUUUAUAGUAAAAUUCAGAAACAUUUUCUGAAGUAUGGAAGCCAGAUUUGCAGAUGUCCUACCGUAUGUUCCCAGUCAUUUUCACUUAAUUUAUCUAAAACAAACAAUAUGUUUUAGAAGAUUUUGUGGCACCACCAAGUGGUUCAAAGUGACACCGUAAACAGUCAUGCGGAUUCUUUUAAAGAUUUAACUUCUACAUUAUGAACUGACAGUAUUAGGUCACUUCUUCAUGCAAAGUCUGUCCAAAAGAUCAUGCAGUAUUUUGCAGUUAAUACACUAAUCGCAGCCUUUCUGGAAAUAUUAUACAGUUAUACAUGUUUCAUGACUUAUCAGGUCAAAUGGUGCUCUCAGAUGACACAAUAUUGAGACAAAAUAUUUUACGUACAGUCAGCACUUCAAGAACGUGGGAUCUUAAAACUCCCAUUAUUGUUAAAAGUUUUAUAUUAACUUCUUUUAAAUGUUAAACAACCCAUUACGUUAGAGAUAAAAAAAAUAUGCAGAAAUAUGCAUGGUAACAUUUGUUCAUUCAAAUGAAAUACCACAAAAAACAUUGCGAUAUUGACAUUUUUAUUUUGUGUUAAGUGUGUUAGUUUAGUUGCCGAAGUACUGUUUUAUUCAUUUGAUAACAAACGCUUAUCUCACCUGGCUUGAUUUAUUUUGUUUUAAGGCUUACUAAACCUGUUCCCAAUAGUUGCUUUACAUUCAUCUGCUGCUUUAAGUGUAUCGAAGAUGUGCGUCACACAUUGUUUUUAGAGGUGUGCUGCAGACAUGCAACUGGACAUCCAGAACAAAUCUGCAACAUAACAGUUUUCAACUUUACAAAGUUACAAGAGCUGGGUCUCCAGCUAUUUCCUUUUCUUGUUAUGCCGAAGACUUCAUAUGCUUUUCAUUGUAUAACUCUGUCUGCUUUACCUUCUUCCUGUUUCCCAGAAUUAAUUGCAUUUAGUUUCAUAAGAAGAUCUUAAAAAGUCAGACGGGUGGUUUUUGUUGUGUGUGUUCAUGCUCAUCCAGAUCCACUGGAAAUGAUCUGGUCUGUCGCCAUCAGUGAACUUUGAAACAGAAUCAUUAGAACAAGAGCAAAAAUGUUUUGUCAUCGAGGCUGCUGCUGCACCAUUUCAAAGUGAUCACACAGUACAGUAUUAUAACAAGACAGUCUAUGACUGAAAUGUAAAGAAUACUCGGCAGCAGAAACCUUUAAGAAAUGGUGAAAAAGUGGCAAGAGAAAAGACAAAUGUAUCUGAUGGUAUGACUAUGUGCAAUACAGAAAAUACAUUAUAUAGUUUUCUAAAUACAACAAAUAGCCUUUAUAACUUUAAAACUGAAUUAUGCUAUCUUAAAGUAUAUAUUAUAUUGAUUUAUAUAUUUUCAGUAUAGUUUCAUGACCCAAUGCUGCUUAUUGUUAUUAAUAUUACACUAUAAAGUAUAAUUAUCAUCAUACUUUCAUUUAUACUUUCUCUCUCUUUUUGUAUAAAGUGUGGUUUUGAUUGUCAGUGUGAUUGAUCUGGUGUAAGAUGAACUGUGUGCCUUCUAAUGAAUGUGUGGGUGUGUGUACCAUGUGCUGAUCAGUAUUUCAGGAGAAGAUGGAAAAGGCCUUCGCUUCUUGCUCUCAGGCCGGUCCUGGGUGGAAGAGAGAGGGGUGUUUUUGGUGGGAUAGCUUGAGAAAGACAAAAAAGAAGCAAGAAUGGAUGAUAGUCAUUAGGACUCUGAAGGAGAUGUAUAUGGAUGUCUUAGCCGGAUGAAUGUGGAAACACAUUGUAUGCAUUUGAUCAGUGAUAAGGAUCGUUUUGAAUUUCUGCAUGAAGUCCAUUUAAUAUUGUCUUUCUGAGAUCUAAUCAUUUGUGGUGAUAAUGGGUCACUGCACAAAAUGUUCUCUGUAUUAAUUAUUAUCUCUCAAGCUGACUGACAAUCAUGUGGUUACGUGCUUGCAGUCAAUAUUGUCAAAAAUCCUGUACGACCGCUGACUGAAAGAGCUUUAAAAAAAAAACUGCCGAUGAUGAUCAAUUCAUAUUUGUUUUAUAUAUUGUAUCAGUACGAUCACUCCUAAAAGUUAAGUGAAACCUUAACAAACAUAUUGUAAUGUAAACGUAUAUACCAAGUCAAAUUGGUAUCAUGCCUUUGGUCCGAUCAAACAAGUUGAUUGAGCUCCAUGGAGCGUGAAAGCAAGUAUGGCAGAUGUUUUGCUACCCCGUAUUUGUCAGAAUGGACCACUCAGUGAAAAAGCAUGAGCUUUCUAUGAAUCUCUCAGAGAGUCAGGUUUAGGGUUUGAAUGUAAUGCGUGUGUUGUGCUUAGGAUGGAUUCUGUUUUACUUUUUUUUAUUUUUUUUUUUAAUGUUGACUGACAAUCUUUGACUGUAUUUAGAAUUGUGUGAUGAUGGGACUUUUUCUCUAAUGUAUGUUUUUGUAUUUUAAUGGAUGAAUGGGUUGGGACUUUUUGACGUUUGUAAUCUUUUAACUGUAUUAUAUAAUAAUGUUACUAUUGAACAUAUAUUUAUACAGAUAUACAUAUUUUUUGUAUCCCUUUAUUCUUAUUUUUCUCUUUUCUGAGCUAACUUUUGAACCCCCUUGUCUACAGUAUUA